GUUAAAACUUGUUAAUUUUUUCACUCGAUGUACAUUUUCGGAGCUUUGCCUUCCUGAUUAGAAGAUUGUUUUGUGGAAUUUUCCGGACUGCAACAUGUAAAAUUGUCCUUCCCCGAGUGCAACGAAGGCAAGUAGUGCAAGAAUGGCUAGCGCAAGCGAGAGCUCGGAUGAGUUUUUCGAUGCAGAGGACGACAACGCCAACAAUAUUCUACGAAACUCCAGCACCACCAUCACUGCUGGCAGCAAAAAACGUUCGCCAAAAUGUCACGUUGAGGAAGAGUUUAAAUACUCGGACUUGACGGGAAAGUCCACAGAUGAGCAUGGCAGCAGCAACCGUUCGAGACAAACGUUCGAUUCGGGCCAACAGUUGCCACAAACGCAUUCACAGUUGGUGCUGCAACACAGGGAGGAAUACAAGUUUGUCGAACCAAAGACGUAUGGUAGACAGCGAUUUCGUGAACUGCGUCAGUGCAUGCAAAAUGACGAAGAUGAGAACCCUGGCAAUACACUAACACCUGAUUCACAGAACAGUUCGGUGGAAGGGGUAUAUUCGUCGUCUACGCGCACGUCGCAUCCCUUUCGGGUGAUUGAGGGUGAUGCACAGAGCAUUCAAAGCAUGACUUCGCUGGGUCGAGUCGGAAGAAUCUUGGCAGGUAGUGCCAGCGUUGAUGCCAGUGCGCUAAGCAUAGGCAAAGACUCAUUGUACGUUGCAGCUUCGCCAUCGUCGGCACCACAGUCGCUGAUGGCGGUACCAUCCGCAUCAUCCCGGGAGACGCUGCUGAGCGGUAGCCAGUCCAUUCCGUUGAGCACUGGAAUCGUGGGAAAUGUCAGUGCGGAAAACAUAAGCACAAGUAAUAACGGUUCCAAUGAGGAAGUGGAAAUGCAUCAGGAGAACACUUCGUCCGGCGGGAAUGCGAGUGAUUAUCGAUUGAACAUGAACGUGCCCCUUCAAGAACCAGAUGUCAUAGCCAGCACUAAACUCGCUCACUCCAAGACAACGGAUAGUUUAACCUGCUCGGGUCCCAUUGCGCCACCGCGGCGAAAAAAGAAGACACGCAAACUAUCGAGCAGUUCUUCCGAGCAGUUCAACAUGAACGAAGGUCUGAAGCUUCCUCCGGCGGAUAGUUCUUCCACAGAGCUGACGGUGAAAUUGCCACCGGCUCAGCAACCCUGCAGCACUGGUCGUAGCUCCGAGUGUUCAACAAACAGUGGAUCCGUUGAUACUACUCGGGUUCCUCCGAGUCCGGCAACACUGGAAUCGAUUACACGUGAAAUCGAGAGUUCCUUUAAAGAUGCUGCGAAUGCAUUUUCUAAUGGAAGUUCUACAAUUGGUGGUGGAUGUUUGGACACGAACAAUGGCGAACCACGUAAGCUGUUGGUUGGUUCAAUGACACGAAUAUCAAACUCGCUAGGAAACUCUUCGAUAUCCGUUAACUCGAAACCUAGUCCUUCAAAUAGCGUAAAAAGUAACUCGGCACCGGCAAGAGUCAGCUCUAUAGAUCCCUCACAAGGUUUGAACAUCUACAAAGCCACCAAAGGGCAGUACGUUGUAAAACCUACGGAUGGCGCGUUCAAUAAGGCACAAGGACCAUCUCGAGAGGAAAUAGAGCGGGUGGAAAAAAUAAGACAAGAUAUUAUGGGAAAUACAGCCAUUACUCGAGCUAGCCUGUCGGGUACCGGAACAAAUAGUCUGGGUAGUGGCACGAGAUACAGUUCAUCGCUGGCGAAACACAUGAACUUAAAGGAACGAAGGAAAUCGGCAGGGGAUGAAGAUUUGUUCAAGCAGCUGAAUAUUUAUGUGAAAACGAGAACCGAUUCAGGCAAACAACUAACAGAUAUGGAGAUUUUGGAGCAGAUUCCGGUGAAGAAUUUGGAUACUGGUGAAAACUUUCCGCUGUCAGCGGUUGAAGAAAAGUUGCCACAAUGCAUCAACCCAUUGUCACUGCACAUUAUGAGAUUAACUAGCCAUAUUCCGGAGUCAGACGAAGAAUCUGUUGGUCCUCCACCGGGCUCUGAAGCUCCUCCAGGAUACGAGGAAGAUCUUGAAAUUGAGGAAGAAGGUGGCCGAUUGAAACGAAAAACUGCCAAGAUAAAAAGGUUCUUUCGGUCGACUGCAAAGAAAACGGUAGAUAAGGCUAAAUCGAUUGCCUCGGAAGUAUCCCACGCAAGACACAAGGAAGACGUCGCAGACAUUGAAGAUGUUAUGAAUCCAGAGCAAAAUAUCAAAAUCAAAGCAUCGAGUACCAAUAAGGGUCCGUAUGAGUUUACUAAGCUGCAACACGUCCAGGACUUGUCGGGAGAGCAUACCGGUGCUGUUUGGUGCAUGAAAUUCAGCUCCUGUGGUCGUUUGUUGGCUACGGCUGGACAAGAUCGCCUGCUUCGGAUCUGGGUUUUGAAGGAUGCUUUCCCCUUCUUCCAAGAUAUGCGCACAAAGUAUAAUGCAGCCGAUCAGAAAUCUUCGCCAACGCCAUCGCAGGAAUCACUAGUCUCGCAUCACUCCGCGGAGGAAGCUAUUGCGCUGGUAAUGGCCGCCGAGCAAUCUCCGGGUCCGUUUAUGCCGAAAUCUUUCUGCACCUAUUCUGGCCAUACUUCGGAUCUGUUGGAUGUAUCCUGGUCGAAAAAUUAUUUCAUUCUAUCUAGUUCGAUGGACAAAACCGUGCGACUGUGGCAUAUUUCCCGUAGGGAGUGUCUCUGCUGUUUCCAACAUAUUGAUUUUGUUACGGCGAUCGCAUUUCAUCCUCGAGAUGAUCGGUACUUUCUCAGCGGUAGUUUGGAUGGGAAGCUGAGACUGUGGAAUAUUCCCGAUAAAAAGGUUGCCCUGUGGAACGAGGUGGAUGGACAGACAAAACUGAUAACGGCGGCGAAUUUUUGCCAGAAUGGGAAAUUCGCCGUUGUCGGAUCAUACGAUGGACGUUGUUUGUUCUACAAUACGGAUCAGCUGAAGUACCAUACGCAGAUUCAUGUUCGUUCUACGAGAGGGAAAAAUGCGAUUGGCAGGAAAAUUAGCGGAAUAGAACCUAUGCCUGGUGAGGAUAAAAUCCUAGUUACAUCGAACGAUAGUCGAAUCCGGUUGUAUGAUCUGAGGGAUCUUAAUCUGAGCUGCAAGUAUAAAGGCUACUUAAAUGUUUCCUCUCAGAUCAAGGCGUCCUUCUCGCAUGACGGGAAGUAUAUCAUUUCCGGUUCCGAGAAUCAGACGAUAUACAUCUGGAAGACGCAUCACGACUACACGAAGUUAAGUUCGGUCAGAAGAGAUCGCAGUGAUUUCUGGGAGGGUAUCAAGGCACAUAAUGCAACGGUUACCUGCGCUAUAUUUGCGCCACACCCAGAAGCCAUCAUUAAGCCUGAACUCGAUGACGAAAUCAAUGCGGACAAUAUCUCCAUUACUCAUCCAGCCGAUCCAAUGGUGGAGCAGCGGAAAAAGGGUUGCGGUGGUUACGUACUGGUAAGUGCGGAUUUUAACGGUUGUAUCAAAGUUUUCAUCAAUAAGACAAAACCUAAGCAUAGUAGCUUGCCAUAUACAGCCAUACUCGAUUAAUGAUCAUAUGUGAUUGGUGGUGAUAGGUAGUGGUUAUUUUGGGGGAUGUGAUCGAGUGAAGCUGUUCUAUUGUGUUAUAAAACAAAGUUAGGAAUAUCUAAUCCAGAUGAUAGAGCGGAAGUCAAAAUUUCGGCAAAGAAUAGAAUCGGUUUAUGCGAAGCUCACGUGACACCAACAUAUUAUUACAACAUUAGUCCACUUAACAAGGGAAGACGCAUUUGAGAUAAUCACGAAUAAUCAAAAAAAACGGGAAGUGCAGUUACCGUAAAGAAUGUCAAAUUUUGUAGACAGGCAGCAUCAAAGUAUUGUCUUGGUUGAAUAUUUUGAUGUAUCAGCUUUGUUUUAAUGAUUCAAAUUGCAAAAGCGAACAAAAAAAGCAACAGCAUUUUUCAUUCUUUCCAUAUCUAAACUCGUAGAAAUCGUGUGCGCACACUUAUAUAUGUCGGUUUUCCCCGAGAUCAGUCUAUGUGUUCCUUUCCACUUUUGGUAGGAGUGUGUACAUGUUAUAUUUUGGAUAAGUUGAUUGUAAAAUUUAAAUACAUUGUAUGUUCGUGACAAAUAACUAUUUUUGGUAGAUUUUCAUAUGGGAGCGCUGACGCUAAGGAUACUGCAAUGCUGUUGUUGAAAGGGAUAGUUUAUAAUGCAGAGGUUACCUAAUUUAUUAUUGUGUAUGUAUAUAGCGUUUUUGAAUAUGAA